AUGCUGCAGGCGCUCUGGGGCCGUUCGAAGCCACAGGCCGCAACCUCAACAGAGAACGGUGGUGGACAAGACCAGGAAAGCGGGACGGUAAUCGAAGAAGGCAUUCAGGAUGCUGAAAUUGGAGAUGCAGAGACCAGUGCGCAAUCAAACCCUGUGAAGAGGAAACGAGAAGAAGCAAAAGAAAAGAAAGAGGAGGGAAACGAUAACAAGCUGUUUCAUGGAGAGAAGAUUCAGGUGACAAAUGGCGUUCUGAUCAAGAAUGGAGUAAAAUCGCAAGAGGGAGAGGAAGAAGAUGACGCCCAUCAGAUGCCCAUGCAGAUUGCGGAGACCAGAGGACAAGGGCACAGCGGUGGGCUCGUGCCAUACCAAGAGACGCCCUUCGGCAUGCUACCGCCAGAGAUGGUGCUCCAAAUCUUCAGCUUCUUCCUCGACGAUUUGCCCUUCCUCGUGCGCAGUAUCGGGCUCACCUGCCGCCACUGGAACGACUUGGCUUCCUCCAACCCUCUGUGGAAGCGAGUGAUGGAGCUGGGCCUCAGUGAAGUCCUGUCGUGGACCUCUGCGGACCCGAUCGGCGUGGUUCCCAACACCAACGCGCCGCCAGACAUCGAGGACAGUUCCUACAAAGACCUCUUCUGUAAAUACCACGUCCGCAUUCGCAACAACUGGGAGAACGGAUCGUACUCCAUAAAGGCCCUGACCGGGCACAAGGACUUUAUUCGAUGUGUACGGUUCGACAAGACCCAUCGGGCGGUGAGCAGCGGCGUGGAUCGGAUGGUGUGCGUGUGGGAUCUGAAGACGGGCGAGUGCAUCAAGACCAUGAAGGGCCACACCGGUGAGGUGGACAGCGUGGACUUUCACGGUGACACCGUCAUCAGCGGCUCUUUUGAUUCGACGGUGAGGUUUUGGGAUGUGAAAACGGGCGAGUGCACGAACGUGCUGAAAGAGGCGGGCUCCAUUUUGAUGUGGUGUGUGCACCUCUUCCCCGAGAGCAACAGAGUCCUUUGCCCAGCUUCGUUGGCGCUGUGGGACUCGGAAAAGAGGGAAGUGCUUCAUCGAUACACGAAUCCCACGUCGGCCAACGUGAUGUCCAUGUACGCGUGCGGACAAAGCGGACCGGUGGACCCGCUGCUGACCGGCUCGUCGGACAAGAUCAUUCGACUGUGGGACACCGAGACAGGGUUGUGCAAACUCGAGAUGUCGGGACACACAGACAGCAUCUGGGCCGUGCACUACGACCAGGGCGCCGUUAUCACCGCUUCAUCCGAUCGAACCGUCAAAAUGUGGGACAUCAGGAGCGGUCAGUGCGUGGAGACGCUGAAAGGGCACUCGGGCACCGUGUUCUGUAUGUGGGCCGAUGGCGGUCACGUCGUGAGCGGCGACUCCAACGAUUGGCUGUUCGUGUGGGAACUCCGGCAGAGACGACGCUUGCAAUCCUUCAAGGAACACGAAGGUGGUCUUCGGUCUGUCCAGAACGAUUCGCACAAAAUCGUCUCAGCGUCGUGGGACAAGACGAUCAAGGUUUGGUCGUUCGUGUGA